AUGGCAACAAACGUUGAUAAGACCUCUCCUAGCAAAGAUGUGUGUGUGCGGAAGUUCAAUAACGGCCUAGUAGAUAUGAAGGAGGUUUUACCAAGAUAUGCACCCGGAAAACGGAAUUACAGGGAAAGUCCUUCAAAGAGACGGCGACUACAGAACAGUCAGAAAGAGGAUACAGAAAAGUUUUGGCAGAACUAUCAGGUGACUGCUAAAGAAAACACACCUCCACCCGAAGAACAGCCAUAUUUCCGUUUAAAAACUGAAACGGUGGCGUUUUCAUCCAGUAGUGAAAAAUCACAUGGAAACCCUACACUGCCAAGAUCUAUUGACCAGCAAUUCCUCCCCAACAUCCCCAAGAAAGAAAAUAAUAUUCCAGACAUAUCCCCUGAAAACGAGUUUAAUCAGUCUCUUUCUGCAGACAGAGAAAUUUAUCUAGAUCCGAUGGAACUCUCAGUGGAUUCCGUACUUCCAUCUCAUUCAAAAUCUGGUACAAACAUGACAAAAGGUGCAUGUUUUAACGAACUUUCAGAAUACAAUCAGGAUAUGUCCAUGACCGAGGAAUUAAUGGAACAGGAUAUGCUGACACGAAUUAUCGACCACUCCCCCAGGAAGAACCUCCCCGAGAGAACAAAGACCACAUUUCUCUCCCUUCUGUGUUGUAUACUUCCUAACGAUGACCAUGUACUUACUAAUGUGUAUCGUCAUAAAAAAUAA